GCAACAUAAAAUAUCUCAAGCUCUUCAACCUGAGAUGCUCGAUCACAAAAUUUUCGGUUUCCCUUGACACAAUAAUAUUCGCCUCCACUAGCCCUAAACACUAACCCUAUAAUUUUUAAUUAAAUUAACAAUUUAAUCGAGGAAUUAAAUCCCAUGAAGCGCCUGUCCAUCCGCCCUCAGUGCAAUCGCGUAAUGAAAUAACGCGAAAAUACAUCAGUGUUCCUUCCUUUUCUCCCACAUUUGAUGUGACUAGUGAAUCACGUGCGACGAUCCUUGUGAUUUUCUGUGUCUCGUUGAGUCAUAUCCGAUAGCAUAAAUCACAAAAAAAUUCAAACGUACAGGACAUUUGAAUUUAUACACUUCCCUUUAGUGUAGUGAUACUGCUGUGCAAUUUAUCUACAGAAUUUCGUUCUCUCAUUCCCGUGAGGUUUCACGGAAUUUUUUUUUCUUUGCGCUUGUCAUUCGCUUUUUUUGAUAUCUGAAUUUUUCAUGUGAAACCCCUCAGGGUCUCGCCGGCCCCAGUGAAAGUGUGUGCCUCUCAUCAAGAGAGAAUUUACGCCAGUUAAAGCCGUAUACGUUCGAAUAACCUGGAACUACUGUGCAUGAGAAAUACCGCGCGUAUUAAACCACGUGGUAGCUUUUGAGUUUAUCGUUCAAGUGGGGCGAACAAAAUUCUUAUCGUUCGGACUGUGCGAAGAGUGGUACACUGGAUAACUAUCUGAGUGAUCAUGCAGUGGCUCCUUGCCAUCUACCGGGCAGCCUACGUGGCCCCCUGAGCAAUUGCAACAAUAACUACCCUCCGGGUCAGGGUCACAGUCAUGAACCGCCCUUACGGCAUACACCAUCGAGAACUGGUUACCCCACUGCGCCGCAUGGCUGCGCUCUACACUCAAGGCUCGACCAACCGGUGACUGCCUCCACGCCAGGGAUGGACGACAAAAAGGUCGUCCAGACGGCGCCGACGCCGGGUACAGGGCAGCCACAGCGUCCAAAGAGUAGUCUGGAUACAAGUGGUGUAGUAGCAUCAAUUUCAGGUGUAAGAAGACGAAGUGGACCCCAGGGAUUACGUUCACCAGCGGCCAAGAGGCCGUUAUCAGCUCCGGUAGCUCUUCAAGGAUGGCUGCACAAACAGGGCUCAGAGGGUCUCAUGUUAUGGAAGAAACGGUGGUUCGUUUUAUCCGAGUACUGUCUCUUCUAUUACAAAGGCCCAGAAGAAGAGAAACUACUGGGAUCGAUUCUGUUGCCAUCAUACCGCGUUACGGCGUGCAAACCCGAGGACAAGGUCAACAAGAAGUUUGCCUUUAAGGCGGAACAUGCUAACAUGAGAACCUACCACUUUGCUGCUGACACGAGAGAGGGCAUGAAUCAGUGGGUCAAUGCACUGACGCUUGCAUCACUACUGCAGGAUCCCAAUCCGAAUGCAGGAGAGCCAGUGGCAAUAGAACUAGCCGACCCAGCCGAUGGUGACCGCAGUGCUCGUCCCAGUGUCUCCUCAAUAUCCUCAAUCCUCAACCAAAGUGCUGACGACAGCGAUUCCGGCUUUCACGGUUUCCAAUCCCGAGACGAUCCAAGUCAAUCGAACAACAACUCAAGCCCCAACAGCAUAAACACCGCUUCCUUCCCAAAUCUCAGUGCCAGUAAUAGUAAUCACGGAAACGUUAAUAAUCACAGUCCUGAGAAAGCCUUCGAUGAGAGUCACCCACAGCCCAUGGUCAACGGAUGGAUGCAACCACCAUCUCAAUUCAGCCAACCCAGUACUUCUCAGCAUUAUGGACACAUUCAGAGUCCGGGACACUCUCAGCAUCAACAGCAUCAAGCAAUGAUGCAACAAUACAUGACCAGACAACAGAUGCAACCAGGUCCCAGUAAUGUUCAAACUGUUCAACCAAUGCCCAGGAAUUUUGGCCAACCAGUUUACGCGAAUGCCCCACCAAAACCAAGAAGACUGACUGAUGGAUCAACGGAUUAUUCUACUCCAUCUCCAGAUCCAGAUUAUCGAAAAUCACCGGUUCAGCCCAGCGUGCGGAUGACAGCGAAAUCUCCCAUUAGUGAAUAUGAUCGGGGAAAUGCUAUUUAUGCCUCGAGACUGGCCCAGCAGCAGAAUACACCGACAUUAAGGACUGAUAAAUCAGGAUUAAAUUAUGGUUAUGGACAAACACAAGCGGCGGAAAGGAGAACACCGGAUACAUAUGGAAGGAGUGCACAGCCAAGAGUUGCUAGGGGCAAUGGAGACUAUGAGGAUGUUUAUGCUGGGCCACAGUUGUAUCAACGGCCGGCAGGACCUGUGGGAUAUACCAAAGGACCAGCACCCGUCCCUAUUUCCAUACCCAUUUAUGCGGUUCAAGCGCAGGGAUGUCCGAAUACUGUGACUGUUAAUGGACCAGUAAUGAGACAACAAAGGGUCCAACCACCCCCUCGACCACACAGUGCCGAUUUUCUGGAGUACGAGGCAACGAGAAGACCGAGCUCCCACACAACUGACCAACCUGGAGUUCAACACCAACAGAGACGACCACAACGCCCGAAAUCGAGUUUGGACGUUGUGCCCUCAUCUGAAAUUACUUCACCCAAGGGGGACGGUUAUUUCUACUCGGAAGAAAGAUAUGCAGCUCAAAUGAGACAGUCAGCCGUCUACCUCCACCAAACUCCCCAACAACACCAGCAGCAGAGAAAUCAAUCUCUCGCACGUGCAACGACACCCUCGAAAUCCUCGCCAAGAGUGGAAGAGUCGAAUGGACCAAGUGUCAUGAAUGAAUCAUCCUGUGCAGUUCGUCGCCCCCAAAGAGAAAUUGUUUACCGACAACAUGCAAUGGCAACGCAGUCUCUACAAAGAUACGCAGAGAGUACAUCAAAUACUGAAGCAAUGAUGCGACGUUCCUUGCGCGAGAGAAGCUACGACUCCUCAUAUCGAGAUACCUUAGUUCACGGAGACAGUGGUACAGUGCCAAGACGAGUCCCACGUGAUUACGAAAGCCCCCAGACAACACCGAACAAUCGUCUAGUCGAUGUUAGCUACGGAUCCCAUAGUUAUCACGGUGAACAUGGCUCCAGGCGAUACAGUGAUCAACAGUUUGCUAGAUCAGCAUCCGCCCGAUUGCCCAGAACUCGACAUUCAGCUCUGGACAACACCGAUGAUGAUGAUUACAGUGAUAGGGCAGUGGGACAGGGCUCACGAGACGGUGAAAGGAGAAUUCAACAACGUGAAGAAUCGAUGAAGCGUCUCCUAGAAUGGAAGCAGCGUAUGCUGCAGUCACCCCUAACUCGUAAACCCUCAGGUGCAACGAAUGGCGUAACAACAGCCCAGAGUGAAUUAUCGAGUUACUACAAACGUCAAGCAUUACUGGAUCUGGCAGCUCACGAGGCAAGUGUUGCUGAGGCACGUCAUUCAAGACGAAGAGAUGACAAUUCACAUCGUCCCCAUACAAGAAGUAAAAGUACUGAUGGUCGUAGAUCAGUAGCAAAUGUAUCCAGAUACAACAGUUACUCCAGCGACGACGAAGAGCUCGACGAUGUCCGGAGGAAGCGAACACGCAGACCCUCACACGCAGGUCGAAGUCCCCGUCAUUCAGAUGAGAAUAAUCCGGCUCUUCAGUGUCAUCCAACUGUCACAUUUUCAUCAGCAAUUCCCCCCGACGCGGGUUACGAAGAGGUAUCAUUUCCCCCUCAGGAGCCCGCAGCCUCUAAAAAUCAAUCGCCAAUGGAAAAUCUCACAGUUAAAACCCCGAAGAAGCCAGGAAUUCUAAAAACUCCCUCGUCCUGUCAUCAUCGUCAAUCAGGGAAAUCAGAAGGUGGCAGACUAAGUACAUUAGCCGGUGAAACAUGGCAGACAACCAAAAACGUUCAGUGGGAUUCCACCGAGAACAAGGAGAACUGGGACUCGAGAAUUGAUGAGAGUAAAGUCAUUAAGGAAUUCUCGUAUCAGUACAUUAAAGCUGAUGAGAUUGGUGACAUUGAGAAUGAAAAUUGGGAGGGGAAUUUAGUGCAGAGUAGAAUAAAGUCAUUUGAAUGUAGCAUUGAGGAUGGCAGUCCAAUUAAAGAGAUGCUAUCGAUGCAGGAGCCUCUGAAGGUGUCUCCACCACAAGCGACUGAGGCGCAUGUUUCGCGAUUAGACUCGACUCGAGCACCACCGAUGAUUCGUAAAUUUGCGUUGACUGAUAAUACGUGCAAAAGUCCCGAACUAUCACCAGAAGAAUCACUAGACCAAAAAAACGAUAGUGGUAAAUCUGUCAAAGAUCUUCUCGCUGAUUUCGAGAGGAAAUCCCAACAAGUAUGUCAUCAACAGAACAACAAACGAGAUGAGAUAAAGGAUCGGGGUGUUUUCAGUGAUACCGAGACACUUCUCUACGAUACAGGAAGUGAUCUUGAUCAACCUCAUAAAAGUGAAGAAGAAAUUGAGAGCGAUCAAGUCUUUGAGUACAAGGAAAUUCCCACUGGUACGAUAAAGCGAAAAAACUUGGAAAAGAAAAUCGACAUGACAGAAGAAAUAAAAACAAGUUUGAAUGAUUCUCAAGUUGCGAUCGAAGGAUUAAGUGAGAAUGCAGAUGCAUUUGCCAGAUUGAGUAUGACAGAGUCAAUGGUUACACAUGGAGACAAUUUAUCUGGUGAGAGUAACAGUUCGACACCAAAGAUCGAUGAUAUUAAUCCGGAGGAACAUUAUCUCCCUAUGUCACCGAGAAAAGCCAUCUUAGAUCCUAGCAACGAUGACAGAACCGAUUCAAAGAUGAUGGAGAGUUUAUUCGCUAAUUUGAGGCAUGAGGAGAGCUCUUAUGUUGAAAUGACACAGAAUGGACGAGGUCAUUCACUCUUAGCACCCAGUGGGGAUACCAAACUUGAUUCAGGGGAUUAUUCCACUUUGGAGGCAUCUCACUACGAAUUUGUGUGUGUCGCUGAUAACAAAGUGGAGCCGGUUUAUAUGGAAGUCAGCCAAUUAGGUGAACAGGAUAAAAAAAAAUCCCAAAUAACGAGGAAGAAAGACGGUUCAAAUGGUCCAAUGCGGGGAGAUUUACCGGAUAUAUUGACAGCAUUAAAGUCUGACAGUUCUGAUGCUGAUGAUGAAUCCUCGAAGGAUUUGGAUUCCAUUGAUGCACCGAGACAUCCUCGGUUCAGUUUAUCUGACACUUUCAGACCUGCCUCCUAUUACCUCAGCGCCAGUCGGACUAUUAUUGCGGAAAUGCAAGAUUCUUCGGACAGUGAAUUAGUCUCUCCCCCACCGAUUCCCACGUCUCCACCACCUCUUGACGACCUGGAAACCCUGGAAAUGCAGGAGACACUGGAGUUGAAAAAAUCCUCACCUCAAGUUCCUGUUAAUCGCGACUCAAGAUUGCACAAUAAUCCUGAAACUCAUAGACCUCCAUCAAGAUUUUCCGACGACACUAUAAGCUCGACUUUUCGAGAUAGUCGAAUAUCAUUGGAAAGCGCCUCAGGAAGUGACACCCAAGAGCUUCGUAAUUCUGAAGAAGAAGAGAGACACAGGAGAAUGAAACGAAGACCAGUGAGUGAUGGUGUCUGUGAGGUAUUCGAUAGUUUAGACGAACUAGAAUCGCUUGGAAAUCGAUUCGACGGUACCAGUAUCGAUCUAGAUCAAUACCUGGAGGAGUUGCAGGCUCGAGACGCUUUCAAUGUCGAUUUGUAUUCCAAAGAUUUGAGCUAUAAUAGCAUUUAUGGCUUCAAUGAGAACAUGCUGAUUACCGACAAAGUCCAUAAAACCUCCAACGACAUCGCCAAGAUGAACGUGAGCUCCAACACCUUGGACAGACCUUUUAACUACAAUUCACGAACAAAAACAAGUUCCGCCUCUUCCUUACCAUCAAUGAGAGUCAGCGACGCUCCACCAAGUCAUCAGCAUUCCCAAUCCUUUACUGGUGAUAUCCACUACGAAAAUGUUAGCUUCUCACCACUGAACGGCUCUCCAGCAAUUUGUCAUGAGCAGGAACCAAAUAGAGAAGAUUUGAGGAUUAAAAGCCGUCCACAAUUAUCUCAUAGUAGGGACUCAAGUUAUUCGAUAAUAUCUUCGUCUGGGCCAGUGGCUUCGCCAACUCCUUCUACUAUGUUACCACAAAUGUCCUACGGGCACCGUAACCCGUCCCCUUAUCACGAUCAAAGGCCCCACCAUCACUCCAGAUCAGCAAGCCAGGACUCAACGAGGUACUCAUUAUCUCCAAAUCGCAGAUCAUCAUCCAGUCAAGACUUUAAUCAUGUAGCUUCAACUUCUGCUGGAAAAACGUCAGCUCAAGUCGCGGCAUUGAGAAAUUCUCCAGCUGUUCAUCCUGGUCAUAAUCCUGGCAAUGAUCAGGCCGAUAACGAUAAUGAUCAGACAGGUGCACCUUACUAUUAUUCCGACCUUCAGGCUGGAGUCAACUCGAUCGAUGCACAAUCGCGCUCUGUCCAAACGUUUAUUGCUCACACCUCUAGGUUACCACAGUUGAAUAAUCAAAGGGGUGAUUCCAAUGCAUUAAACAAGCGAAAUGAUAUUGGAAGACUCGUAAAUCCAAUCGUUCGACAAAUACCGAGAAGAACCGAAGUGGAUGGUAUCGAUGAAGCGAGAAGAAUAGCAGCUGAAUUGCGAAAGAAUUCCUCGCAAUAUUUGGUCGACAACAAAUCCGGGUUAGUCGAUAAGAGAAAUGUUUAUGAAGCUGAUACAUUGCGACGAGUCAAGUCUAUUGAACCAUUGCCGGAUGUUUCACUUCCUGAUGUUAGCAAUGUUAAUUUGUACCCGCAGGGGCUUCGUGACAAAUCAGGAAGUCAAACGCAAUUAGCAGCAGACGAGAUUCAAGGUUUCAUGCAAUUUCCUCAGCCAACUCAUCGAAGAUCACGCUCAUUGGAGGGAUUGUUGGAUGACGUGGGUCUUCAGAAUUUAGUAGAACAGAGGAAUCGAGAUAAUCGAGAGAAUCGAGUGUCCUCGGUUCCACCAACGAGAAUGAGGGAAGAAGAUGAAGAGUCUGCAACGUCGACAUUCAUCAGAAUUAAUUCCGAUGAACCCUUCCAAGGUGAAGACACCUGGGAACAGGACACACUGUGGCGGGAGAGCUUGAGGAGAGUCAGCUUGAGGCAUGCAAGGUCCUUGGACAAUUUGGAUGCUCCUGCAGUGCGGCCCAGUGGAACAACUGGUUCGGAAACACCGGAUGCUAGAGGACGUUCGAAGAUAACUCGUGGAGCUACUUAUGUUAAUGAUAGUGUAGCUCUUCAACGUUUAUCGUCACCGGUGAAUGUUCAAGAACGUCCGAGGCUCGUGAGAAGAGCUGGAGUAGACGGAAAUCAGGGUCAGGAUGACGAUGGGGCUUAUGAAUCUCUUGCUAUGGAUCGAUCGACUGGUGGUUAUAUUUGGGAUCCAGAGAAUGAGGCUUACAAACGACAAACGGAUAAGACAAAUCAUUUUUUAGACGAAGGCAACCUUCCUCCGGUACAACAGCCAAAUCGUCGAUCAUUCGAGCUCGAUCGAGAAAAAUUACGUCAAUGGGAUCUAAUGUCGAGCGCCUGCUUACUCCAGGAACAGCAGCGAACGUCAAUGGCGGAAUCGGGGCGAGGGUUGCCAGUAUCAGGAAGAGGCGAGGAGGGUAUGAGCAUUAUGAUGAGAAUGAUCAUGGAGGAGGAGAGAAGACAAGACCAGGAGGUUGCAGAAUGCGUUGGGAAUGUUGAGGGGAUUGGGGAGAGAGUCAGGAACGAUGAGGAGAAGGAUAAUGACAGAGCAUCAGGUUCAGGAUCGGUAAUAGGUCGUGACCCAUUGCCUCCCCGUGCAGUCAGCACUUCGCAACUGUCUCAAACCCCUCUCACCCAGCCACCGGCAUCGGUAUCGACCCUCCCCUUACCGCGUGCCAAUGGACGCCAGCAGAUCUCCGGAGGACUUCCGGUUCAUCAGUCGACCCCCCAACCAACAUCAGUGCGACUUCCUGCAACCGGUGGUAACGACAGUGAUUCAUCAAUUUGUCGUGACACCAGCAUCGCCGACGUUAGGCCAUCAUCCUCGAUGGUGAACAAUGAGACAGCGAGAAUAUCAUCCCCCAGUGAUACGGCCCAGCGUCUGGUCAGCCCAGCGAGAAACCUACGCGUUGUAUCGCCAAUCGAUCAUCGAGUAUCAAGCCCAAGCGAUAGCGAGAGACACAUGCACAGCCCCAGUGAGAGAUUAAUGACGAGUCCCGUAAGCAUCCGAGAAAUGAACGGAGACGCAGCAGUUCAUCGUCAAAUACCGCGAGUGGUCCAGGGUCGAGAGAGUACUACCGAACUGCUUCAGAAAAGGCCAAUUUUAUCAAAUGCAAGAGGCCGCGAAAUCCUCUUACAUGAUUCAUUCACUGGAGAUAGCUGUUUGGGACAAUUGUCUGCUGGAGAACUCCUGGGUAGAACACACGAGGAACUUGUGUUACUUCUGAUUCAGCUGAGACGACAGAGUGCAGCGAUCUGCAAGGCAAUGGAAACGUGUCACAUGGAGAUUGAGGCACAGGUCCUUAUUUCAGCGAGGCUUGUUGAAUUGGACCAACCACGAAGACUUGAGAAUCUGCAGAAGCUCGACGAGCUUAAAAAACAUCUGAUGGACCUCGAAAAACAGUAUGAGAAGGGGAAACCUCUGGUGAAUCUGGUGGAUAACAUGGUGAAACUUGGUACCCUGUACAAUCGAAAUGGCGUGAACGGAAGUGUUGCUGGGUCUCGUCAGGAGCUGAUGCAGAUGCAGGAGGUGACACGUGAACAACGCGAGCGUUUAGAAUAUAAUCAGAGGGUACAAGAGCAGAGAAUUAUGGCUGAAGAGCGAAGGGACUGGGAGAGGCUCAGCCCCGACCACGGACAACUGCAGGCGAAGGUGCAACAGCUCUACAAACUAGAUCGAUUGCUCCAGGAAGAGUCGGGGACACUUCACAGCCUUCAGCAGGACAAGGAAUUACUGGAGAAGGCACUGGGAGGGCUGAAGUACAAGCUCCAGGGCAGCAGAACUAAUCCCGCUGAAGUGGAGAAAUACAAAAAACAGCAGAUUCUACUGGAGCGAGAGUUGGCUAGAGUUCGAAUGCUACUCGCUCAUAAUUCCAAGAAAUUGGAGGAAACUGUUGCGGAGAAUGCCAGGCUGGAGCAGGAUCUCGUGGUGCUCCGACAAAAGCUCCAAGCUUCGAGGAGAUAUGCGGGAAAUAUGACGAGAGAUACUUCAGGCACGACUGUUGCACUUGAGACGGAAUUAAGAAGAGUCCAGCAGUUGGUGGGUGAUCUGCAGAGACAGAGACAGGAAUUGAGUGUUCAAGUUCGACAACUUACGGAAAAGUCACACAGUUUGGUACAGCAAAUUCGACCUAAUCAGCAGCAAGCAGUUUCACCAGCUCCUCAAAUUUACCAUCCAAAGAAAAAAACUCAAAGUUCAUGGCUGGAAACCGAUCUAGAUUCAGGAAUGACAUUAGACCAUGGCCUGGAUUCUCCAUCGAGUUCAAGUUCCUCAAUGUCCCCUCGGACACGUCAGAAUGGAAGUCCACAUCAACACAUACCAUCUCCCCAGUACAAGGAUCCUCCACCAGCUCGUUACUCACCCACAUCUGCAAAUCGUCCAGCUCAGCCAACAAAUUUGGGACAAUCAGGUCGAUGCCAGUCCUAUCAUCGUGAUACACAGCAAAAUCACAUCACUGCAAUAUCACCACAAUUGAGGGAGCAGAUACAACAGCAUCAGUUGAAACAACAGCUUCUGAAGGACCAGAUGCAGGGCAAAGGAAGCCCGAUUCAAAGCAAUGUACCCCUUUACGUGAAUACAGAUUCGAGGAGAAUUAAUUCGUCUGAUGGAAUGAAGAGAAUUGAUUCUGGGGUCAAUGGUAUGUCUAUACUACCACCUGAGUAUGUGCCUCCACCACCUCCUCCUCCUUGCGAGGAGGCCCUGAUGGUGAAUGGUGGAUAUGGACAUGAUGAUAAUAAAUUUGCAGGGUUGUUACCAAAUCGCGAAAAGCAGGAGAUAAAAACCGUUAGAAUAGUGAAACGAGAAUCCGAAAGACGCCAGAGAGAUCGUGGAGACAGAAAUGGUAACAUUGGAAUUCCCAUGACGAAUGGUCUCCAGGCACCAGGUGGUGCUAAACGUCUCGGUGAGGAUGAGUUUGGAUCGCAACAAUUUGAGAAAGCUCAACUUGGCAGAGUAGUGGAAGAAUCUCCACUUGUUCACGCUCAAAGUACAGUUCAGCUUUCGGAACUGGAUGACGUUCAGUUCCAACGCAGCAUGUCACUCCCUCGAGGAUUUGGAGGGCAGAGGCCCCAACCGGGUGUUCAUAAUGGUCCUGUUCCGCCACCUCCGAGGAGCGACAGUAUGAAUGCCCUGAGGAAUAUGAUGGCUAGACGGCAUCGUGUGAGGUUUGAGAAUCAAGAGGGAAGUUCAGACAGCACGCUAUCACCCCACACAGAGAGUCCAACAUCGAGUUCACAUUUGCCAAUGAGUUCACCAAAUUACUCAAGUCCCUCGUAUAGUCCCAGCCACCAGAACUAUUCAUCAGCUUAUCCGAGAAUGACAAAUGCCCAGAGUGUGCCCUACAUACCAUAUCCAGUUGGUUCAAUAUCCUCGGGAAGGACUGACAGCGUAAGCAGUCCAAUAAGUCCAAUAAGUCCAGCAUUGACUUCACCAGUGCCCGUUCCCUCUGCUCAAGAGAGACUCUCGGGAUCUGCAGUGAGUAUCAACAGUGUCAACGAGUCCCCACAAUUGUCUCCAGUAUUCAAGAGCGAAGCGGCUAAGCAGAUCAUCAAAGAAAUGACGGAGAAGAGGUCCGAUGGACCCAGAAGACGCCAAGUGCCCAAGGAAAAGAGACGACAUUACACUGUCUCCAGUAGUAAACCCAUGCUCGACCUUGAAGACACCUUUUCCAAGAUGGGAAUGGGAAGAGCCAGAGACGAUUUGGAUAUGGAGAGGGCCCUGCGACCUAGGAUCAAUGCUCCUGAUGUUGUGAGAUCUACUCUGAGUCAUAAGGAACUCAAGUAUAAUGAGAGUACUAUUGAUCAACUCCUAGGGACGCCAAAUAAAAUAUUUAUUCCUGAGAGAUAUAUUCCUGAACAGACUCCGGAAUUAUCAGCUGAAGAGAAGAAGCAGAGAUUGAAAAAAGCGGACGCCAUAAGAAAAAUGUUGUCUGAGACGACCGUAACUACACCGGAAGGAGAUGAUGAAAAUGUUGACAUCGAAAAAUCCAAUACAUUGAAGAAGAAAGUAGCCGAGGAGAAGCGGCAAAGGGACCACAUUCUCCAACUGAAUCAGAUCCUAGCGAAGCAAGUGAUGGAGAAGAGUAAAAUGGUGGCUGUGAAAGCACUUGCUACGCUACCGCUGAACACGGAGCCGAGCUUUGACGAUGAAGACUUGUCACCAGUAACGCCUCUGCCACUCUAUCAACAGCGGGAAAAUUUUUAUUCAUAACUUUAGGCGAAUAAUCUUGAUACUUCGAAUCUUUUCCGGCAUCAUACAACGUCUGUACUGCCAAAUUGUACGACAACAGUAGCGUAAAACUUUACAACUUAAUGUCACUUCGUGAAUCGUAACUCAAGAGUAAUUUUGAGGUAAUGGAGUAAUAAGGCACAAACAAUAUUACGGAGGAGCUGUACUGCCUUCACUAAGAUUGAAGGUCUCAAUAAAAAUGUCGUAACACUGAGUGAUUAGAAACGUGUGAUGCAUGAGGUGUUAUUCAAUAGCCAAGUAAUUUUAGUUAGUAAUGAAAAUCAAGGACUGAUUACUUGCAGCGAAGUGGAAGACAGCGAGACCAAAAAUACUAUUUUGUAAAUAGUAUUGAAUCUAUUAAAUUUUCAAAUUGUCAAAUUUAAUUUCCCGCCAGUCGUUAUUGAGAUAAUCUGAAUAAUUGAACUUUUUCAUGAUUUUUUAAAUUUCUGAAAUUAAAUUUAAUGAAAAAAAUUGAACGAUUAUUUUGUUUCCACGAAUAACAUCCAAUGGAUGUGAUAAACUUUUUAUUUUUAACGUUAACUAUGAUUUUGUAAAACAACAAUACGAAUUUAUUAGGUUGCAUUUCAUUUCUGUUCCCCAGAAUUAUCGAUAGAGCAAUUUUCACUUAAAUUAAUUCAGAUAUUGGUCAUGUUCCUGGUGGAUCGCCCGAUCAUUAUUCGAUAAUUAGUUGAUUGGGAUCAACUUGAGCACUUGGCCAGUGGCUGGUUGAUCGUUAAUCCAUGACUCAUUGCGUUAUUCUGAACACAAUCUUAUGAGGUAAUGGUUUUCGGAAAACUCGCAUGGCCUAUUGAUCUACUCUACGUCAUUAAUCGAUGACUAGGUAAUGAUCGAGCAAUCGAUGGUCGAAAGAAAGUUGAUUGCUACUCGACUGUCACUCGGCAGUCGGUCAGUCACCGUCAAUGGUCGAUCGCUAUUCGAUUGCUGGGCGAUCAGAUGAGCCGAAAUCGACUAGUACUUGACUGGUGAAUGAGUUUGUCAAUUUAAACGAUACGAUGGUGUACCAGAAUCGAUUAAAUUUAAUGACUCCUAUUCUGUUAAUGCUCACUCUACGAUUUCUGUGGUUGUAGUACUCAACUGACUAAAUUACGUAUCUUGUCGGACGCUGAUCAUCUGAAAGAUCGCGAAAAUGUCCGAAGUCCAUCGAGUAGGCGGACGAUAUUAGUUAGUUUUACAUUUUUUUUAUGUUGCUAAAUUUUGCUGCCUUCCGUAGAUUCUGAAAUAUUUAUUAAAAAUCGUCAUUAGCGAAAAAGGACUUAUCUCGAUUUAUCAGUUUACUAUUGAACUCUUCAAACUAUUUUGGGAACUUCUCCAUAAAAUUCCAAAUUAAAAAACUGCGCUAAAUAAUUUAUAUUUCAGUUUUUUAUUUCACUGAUUUGGUCUUCAAUUAUGGAAUUAUCUCACUAAUGACUGAUAAUUUGUAAAGUUAUUUUGCGGUCAUCCUUCCACUACUCUCCUGCAAUAAAAGAAAUAAAAACUAAAUUAUUCAAUUUUUAUUGCCAUGAGUUUACAAUCUUCUUAAAUAAUGUGGGUAAAUAUUCAACGUUAAUGUUGCAACUGAAUAAUUACGAACUUUCAUUUGUGCACCCCAGUGGAUCGUUCGAUGGUGCACUGAAUCGAUAUCCGGUUGAUCGAUUAUUUCAGUGCAUAAUUAUGAAAACAAUCUUUCGAUAGGCAGGCGAUUGCUACUCGAUCGGAGACGAUGGUUGGUCGAUUGCCAGUCAAAGGUCAAUAGCUAUUCGAUUGUUAGUCGAUCCUCAGUCGAUUAACUUAGCAGAGAGAUCGAUUAGUACUUGACUGGCUCCACAACUCCAUCCGGCCAUCUAGUGAUCCAUCAGGGCAUUAGUUUUUGGUACUCGUGUGUCCUUAACUUUCGAUAUUGACUAUCGCGGAUGGAAAAAUGACGCUGAAGACAGAUUUGUGGAUAAAGGAUGUGUAUAUUCAUAUGAAUGUUGAAGCCGAUGAAAUAUUUGGGAUCACACUGAGGUUGAAUGAGAUAAGUGGUUAAAUAAGAUUAUGUACAAAUAUCUAUAGAUAUUCGUCGAUUCCAUUAAUUUAUCAAUUAAGUCACUGAUUUUUAAGGAUUCUCCAAUAAAAAUAUUCAAAUGUUUAUAUCGAUAUUAGUGGCAUGUUUGUACGUAUUGAUUUAAUGAAUUUUUUAUAUUGAUAAAAAUAAUAUAAUUCUGUGCCAAAUCUUGUUAUCGUUGUUCAUGGAAGUGGCAUGAUUAAUAUGUUGUAAACAUUGAUUAUUGAUUUAAUGAUCCAAGAGUAUGCCUUACCGAGUAACGGAUUGACUAGUCCUAAGCCCAAUCACCAAAUUUUUAUCUUGACAUGCUUUUGAAACUCAUAAUUUUUCACACUCCUCAAAUAAAAAACCACUGAUUUAUGAAUUAAGUUUGAAGUUUUCUAUCCAUUGGCCGUUGAAAGUCAAUGACUUCGGUACAGCUUUAAUGGGAAAAAGAAUCUACGAAAAAUGAUGUUAAAACAAUUUUUUGAUAAUUAGAGCUAAUUGUAAGCAGUUUAGCAUAAUAGGAAUUCCAUGGGAAUGCUGGAGAGAAGAUGAUUCGCUCUUUGAAUGUUAUUGGCGAUUUCCAGGUGAAAUUUUGUCUGGCGAUAUUAAUAUUUCUAACGUUCCUCAAAAUUGAUAAUGUAUGAAUUUUUGGAUUCACAGAGGAAACCGAAAUAUAUUUAAUUUUAAAAACUACGUUUACGAUCCAAAUUUCAACUAAUAGAAUUGCACAGUUCGAUGUUAUUUUGUAUAGUCGACAUGAAAUUUAACAGAUAAUUUUUUAUGCUGUCUAUAUAAAAAAAUAACAGUUUUCCCAAACCACCUGACGCCUAUAUGGAAUGUGACAAAUGGAAUUUCAUUUGCUAGGAGGAAUUUCAUUGCGUCAAACAGGAAGUUUUGAAAUUAAAUGACUAGAUUUGGAAAUCGGCCACUGCAAACAAUCGAUGAGAAAGCCAAUUAAAUUAUCAUUUUUUAGUUUUUGAAUUUUCGAUUUUGAACUAUAGAUUCUGUCUCUCCAAUGCAUCUGACACAUUAAAUUUCAUUUUGUUAAUUGAAGAUUUUUUAUUAAGGGGUAACACUCCACAUACAAAUUAUAAUUGUCAAAUUUGUAUUACUACAAGACCUCCAAAAUUAUCGAAUAUAAUUUAACAAAAUCUUCUUUUCUCGUAUUCUCGUGGCUUCAGGGAUUAACUUUCGAUGGUUUCCAUUGUCAAAUUGGUGAUUAUUCGAUUUUUUCAAGAGGAAAGAAGUUUGAGAAAAAUUGAUUCGUUGAUUUUUUUGUUGCGUGGAGAUGAGAGCGAGUUUUACAGAUUAAACCGGAAUUUUUUGUGCGAAAUUUAUUCCGAAGAUUAACCCGCAGAAAAACAUGAGGGAAAUAUUCGAUUAAUUGCAGAAGUCGAUUGUUAUUCGACAACUGAUUUUGUUACUUUACAGGGUAAUAAUUGACAGUUGUGUGGGUCGAGAAAUGAGUACAGAUCUAAUUAUCAAUAAUUUAGAGCAAAAUAAUCGUUUACAAUAUCGCAAGACCUUCAAAAUUAUCAGAUAAUUUCCCGAUUGUUUUGUUGUGCCACAUCGAAAGGAAUACGUUCGACCUAUUAAAAUUUUAGGGAGCGAUUCACUCCUGCCGUUGUUACACAGGAAAAUAUGACGAUGAUUAGAUGAUUAAUUGUUAAGGUCGAGAGGGAUUCGGACAUGUUACAUUCGAAUUUCUUUCUAUUUAUCAAACUGACCGAUUUAGUACUAAAAUGCAAAAUUAACAUUUAAUUAUGGAUGAGAAAUAUUUUUGAUUUUAUUGAUAAUUGUCGGUGUAAAUUCAAAAAUAUAUCUCCAGUUUUGAGCAACAUAUGCCAUAACAAAAAAAUAUUUUAACAAUGAAGAAAAUGUAUCUAACAAUUUUUUGGAAAUUGUUCAAUCAAUAAAAGUGGGCAUCAAUUCCUCUCAUAAAUUAAUGUACGUGGAAUUCAAAGAUUAAAUAUUGAAGUAUGAUCCCAAAUAUUGAUUUUUGACGUUAAUUAAUAGUAGAUCUGAGGAGAGGGGCGAAGGGCAAGAGACAUCCACUGCCCUUUUACCAAGAAAGUCACGAGAAAUAAUUUUAUCUCCAUAUCUGAAGUGCAUAUCCCACUUUAUCUCUCUCUCCCUCUUUUCAGAUCCAAAAUUGAAAUAUUCAUAUGUAAAAUAAUAAAUGUAAGGAUUUUUAAUAAGUUGGAUUUUAGACAAUAAUUAAUGAAGUCUUUUUCAAUGGACAAGACACGUUGAUCCUAAAAAAGAUUGUGAAAAUGCAAGAACAGAGUUAUAAUUGAGGAAUUAAUUAAGAUUAACGAGAUAAAUGAAUUCAACUCGUAAUGUGAGAAAAAGAUCAAAUUCAUUUUUGAUUCCUUUUUUAUGUUUUUUACAUAAGAAAUUAUUUCACUGACGAAACAUUUCAGGACGAGACAAAUUGACAUUAUUAUUGUCCUAAAAAAUUAUUGUCAUGUUUUUUCCUCGAAUUAAUUUAAUGAGAAAUAUCUCUACAGUUGAAAAAUUCUGGAUCUUUCACGCGAAUUGAUUUCCUCAAUUGAUCAAUUAUCGAACUUGUAACUGAUUGUAUUUACAUAGUAUCAAUAUUUAACUAGUAAACCCAUGAAAUGUUCUCAGACGUUAUCGUCUAACAAGACACCUAAUAUUUCCCAAAAAAAUAUUCAAUCCAAUUUUCACCCCUCACGUAAUAUCUUACCCUUCAAACAAUAAAACUGUUCACUAAUGAGCAUCCAAACACGUUCAUUAUCGAAUGAUCGACUGAUUCGAGACUUCAGUGAAAUUUAUACACUAAAAAUUUUUAUUACAAUUCUAAAUAAAUAAAUGCGCGGACAAUUUUAUAAUAAAAAUCUAACCACUGGUCCUACAAUUUCGCACAUGAAAUUUUAACUGUUAGAGUUUUUAGAGUAAAUUAUUGCGAGAGAAAUAAUACGACUGCAAAUGGUAAGAUGUGCGAAUGAUUAUGCUUAAUCCAUCAUUGUAUUAGGAAAUAUUAUAAACAACGGACAUUAUAUAUGCGUAUGGAUAACUAUAGAUUGUAGAGAAGAUAAAAAUUAUAUAAUUAAUUUCUCCAUUUUUAAUGGAGCAAAUUUUGUAUUAAACUAGACAAAAGUUCGUGUUUUUAUCAUAAUUUUUAGGCGCUCAAUUUUAUUGUUUUCACGUUUUAACUGUAUACUAAUCUGUUGAUUAUUGCAUAGUUAUAUAUUACACACCCUAUAUAUUAUAAAUAUUUUCUAGUUAGGGGAUGAAGAGUUCAGCUAAACGAGAGGGAAAAAAUAUAUAAAUAAAAUUAUACAUUUGUCGAUGUACAUUAUUUGAUGGCCCAUCUCAUGAAGUGUUCGCAAAAUAGAUAAAACUGGAAAAAAAAUUAUCAACAAUUGAAUUUGUAAUGCACCACUGUCCAAAUCAAUUUUUAUUGCUCCACAGACUUGAUUGAAUAUUAUGGAAAAAAAUAAAGGGGAAGAAGUGAGUCACAUGCGAGUGGACGGAAGAAAUUAAUGUUACUGAAAUCAGAAGACAAAUAAAAAACACAAACUGGUUUUUAUAUUACCGAA